AUGGACUCUCGCAACCAGGUGAUCGAGCCUGAAGAGCCUCCGCUCGGGAUCCUUGCAGCCAUGAGGAACUUCGUGAUGCUUCUGUCGGGCCUUGCAAUGUUGUCUGCAGUAUCUUUGGUCCUGGGAGUGAUCCUGGGCCCUGUCUUCCUGGCAGCAGUCAUGGUCUUGGACCAUCAGAAGUUGGGAUUGGAAGGGCGAAGGAGGCGCGCCAUCUUCUGCGUCUUGUGUCUGUGGUGCUUCUCCACCGUGUCCUUCCCUUGGGUCGUGACUUGGGGUGGAGACCUCCUUGACCUCCUUGGCUUGCCAUUGCGGGGGGCGUUGUUGGCCUUCUUCCUUUCGCAGCUGCCCCUCACAGCAGCUCUGCUGGCAUGCAUCGGCCGAGGAGAAUUCUUUGCAACCCCUGAGAUUGAGGGCCUGCGCUGGCACAUCUUCUCGAGAUUCUCGCUUCGACUUGCCGGGCUUGUGCUAGACUGGCAUUCUUACUCCAGUCUGGUGUUGAAUCUUCCCGGCGUGCGCUUUGUUCCAUCAUCCAUUCACGAGGGUUUCAACAGGCUGCUGUUGGCACCGUGGCUGGUGUUCAGGGACUUGCGUGACAGCCGAAGCAUGAAUGUGGCUGGCCUGCUGGCGAUCAUGACAGCUCUGUUGCUUGGAGUGAUGUCGUCAAUGUUCAGCCGGCACAUCUGCCAGGCUGCACCCAGAAUCCCUGGCACUUCAUUCCUUGUUCCUCUUGUCAGCAACCUCCCGAGGCCUGAAGAUGCACUUGGCGUGAUGGAAGAUCUGUGCAGCAUGCUGUUCCUACCCUGCCUGGCUUGCUGCAUUAACAUCUUCCUCUGCACUGACAAAGACUGUGCGAACGGCUUGCCCACCCAUGCCGGCAUGUACUUGGCCAGUGCCCUGCUUGCCUCCUACUUGCCCUUUGUUUACGCCGGGGGCGUGUGGAUCCGGUUAACAGGCCGAUUGCACAAGCAACGCGCGAGCAUCUGCAACGCAACAGGCGCCAGGCUGAUCAAGGCAGCAGGACACCUGCUUCUCGAGAGGCCCCUGAAGGUGGUUGCGGUAGGAGUGAUGCUUCUUUGGCCCGAAGACCUUGGCAUGGAGGAGGUUAGGCUUGGCGUUCUACUCGCCACGUCCAUCGGCCUGGCAUUGAUCAGCAAGUACAUUGGCGCCAGCAAUCACCGCGGUUUCAACCGCAUGCAUGAGUACGUGUGCUGGUCGAUGUGCCUCAACACCGCCACCGGGCUUGCUGUCACCUCCCUGAACGGCGCUGGCCUUCUGACGGAGUCUUGGUGGCCAGCUGCGGUUUGGAUCAUCCUGCAGGUGCUUCUUUGGCAGUGCUUCUUUGGUUCCUUUGCCGACCAGGGGGCGGUGGCCGGUGUGUUUGUCCACAAGGGAAACCAAGAGAAGGUCCGGCGAUUCGUGCGAUGUGGUGUGUUUGUCACAUCUCUUUUGCUUCUGUUUCUCGCCACCUUCACACACAUUCUCGCACUCAACCUCCGCCUCUACCACUACGAAGCAUUCAGUUACAACUCGAGCCUGACCGUACUCAUGCAAGACUGUUCGCUCGUUGCGCAGCCGUGCAAGGAAGCCCGGCAUCUGGGUAGGGAGUGCGAGUCGGGGCAGUCCGGAGGGGUCAUCCGCUUGUGGACUGGCCUCUGGAACCCCUUCCCCUCAGUGCUAGACGACUUCUAUGAGAGUGAUCUCGCCUCUUCGCUGGGGAGUGCAAGCCGCCCAGUGAGGUCCAUGCCGGGGCUCUCGUACAGAGCGUGUGAGAUCCUUGUGUGGUCGAACCCACAGGACACCCUUGCAGUGACAAGCAUGGGCUCCAGCGUCAUCCGAGUGGACGCGUCUCUUGCCACCCUUACCAUCUCUCACCGGAGUCCUGUGACAAGUUUCCGCUCGAGCAGGGAUGCUUCCGAGGCCGCCCUCGCCAUCUCUCACCUGGAUCCUGCCGAAUGUCCUCCCCUGCACGCAGCCGUCACGUUGAGCGAAACGCAGCGAUUGGAUUUCUCAUCGGAGUGCCAAAGCAACUUGUGGGCUGUGCUUCAGAAAGAUUCCAGCCCGCUCCAUGUGAGGAUCGACAUUCGCCAUGCCGAUCGCAGCAACGUGGACCUCAGGUUUACGGGUGCACAGGGGGGAGAUGUUGUGCGUUGCCUGGGAGAGGCCAACUCCACCUGUGUCGACACAUCCCAAUCGAACACGUCAGAAGUGGACGCCACGUGCAACCAGAGCAGUCGCCAGACACACCCAGACUUUGUCCUGAGAGCAUCGCUGCAGAAUGCCCACUUCGUUGCCAGAGACAAGGAGCCUGAAGAUGAUCUGAAGGUCCCAGGUGUGCUGCAGAACAGCACACUGGAAGAAGUGCGCCAAACAGACAAUAAGACGCUCAUAGUGUUCAAGCGUGGGCCGCGGGACCAAACAAUGUUUCUGCAACCAGCAGCUGCUCCCACAUUCGUGCACUUGCCGUGGGCAAAUUUGAAAGGGCUCAGACCCUGGUGGAUUGCGGCCAUGUCGGGCGGUCUGUUUCCCCGUCCGCCCCGCUUCGUCGAGUUGCAGUAUGCCGGCUGUGACAACCUGCAGCGGCCGGCUGAGCAUCUGGCCAGCUGGCUUCCAGACGUGGCCUGGAUCCCGUCUGCUGCCAGUGGAGAGUCUUACGACACAACAUGGGAGUUCUUUACAGCAUCUGGAAAUUACAAGCCGACUCCUUUGGGCGACAAUGCCUGGGCCAUUUUCGCUGUCGCUUUGUGCUGUCUUCUCGCCUUUGUGGUUGGUCUUCUUGGUGCGUUCGGCGCGCUCGUUGGCAUGCAGUACAUAGGUAGGAGCAUGGCCCCAGCUGCAUUUCACCAGCGAAUCCGCUCCGUGCGCCAAGUCCUCCAGUUGCUCCAAGAUCUUCCAUGCUUUUGGAGCUUUCUCACAUCAGUGGUAGCCUCGGGCGUGGCCGGUUCGGAGAGCAUCAUGACCGAGCUGCUUUCCAUGCCGCAGGUGGUACUGCGCUCCCGCCAAGAAGCAGCAGCCCUUGUCUUGGACGUUCGCCGAGAGGACAUGCGGGAUGCGGCUUGCAGGACUCCCCAGUCAAGCUCCGUGCACGAGGACCUGUGGCUCGCGUUCCGUGACCUGGUGAAGCGCCAACCUAGAGCGAAAGCUCAGGCAACGGGAAAAGCAGAGAACAAGACCCUUCGAAGAGGUGCCUCCCAACGCCUCGGUGAUCUAGGACACAAAGCAAAAGUCCGGAUCAAGCAACUUUCCAAAAAGCUGAGUCUUUUGGAAUCACCGCAAAAGAGCCCUGAUCGGGCCGUGCAAGAAGUGGUGGACUUAGCGGCAUCUCUCCAGGAUGUCACUGCCCGCCUCGAUGCUGCCAAAAGCUUGGAGGACCUUGCCCACCAUGCACCGACCAACCCGAAGCUGCGGGCUGCUCUGCGGAAGGUGCAGCUAGAGCUUUUCAUCGCCAUCGGCGAUCAUAUUCCAGAGUCUCCCGAGUCCCCAGAAUCCCUAGAGUCUCUAGCGUUUGCGGAGGCUGCAGCCCUGGCGCUGCAUGCCGGGCACAUGGCAAAACUGGGUUUUGACCCUCUGAACGUUGGCAGUGCUUUGUCGCAGGUCGCCCUUCGCAAUGUGACGUGUGCGCAUGGUGACCCCGAUGAGCACAAAGUUAGGCUGCUGCGCCUCAUCGAUGCUCUGGCUGCCAUGGGUACUCGUAGCUGUGUCCAUUCGGUUCCUGCCUUGGUGCAGGUCGCCAUUCUUGCCCCAAGAGCAGGCCUGGAGGAUUGCAGCGAGCGUGCUGUCAACACCUUACUGAGAUUCUGCCAGUCGGAGGUUGAGAACGAGACGGACGAGCAAGGCGUGGCAGGGGCCAGGCAUGCGUUCAACCACGCUGCGUCCCUCAGCAUCGCUGCCAAGCAGCUGAGCAACUUGUCACGCACGUCUGCGUGGGAUCGCUGGUGGCGCCGGUUCUGGCAAUGCUGGAUGCAAGAGGAGGUCUACCGGCAGGACCUUACCCACGGCGAGGCGAGCCGCCUAAUGGAUGCGAUCUCCCGGUACCAGCAGCACACCCGACCAGAUGUCACGGAACUCUUCGACGUGACGAGCAAGCAGUCGAGGGAGGCCUUUCGCGCCUUUGGCAUCAAAGUCGUCGACCCAAAGAAUGUCCAGGAUCUCAAAGAGGGCGUGGCGCUGGUCCUGGAGUCACCUUCCCACAAGCCGCGGCACCUGAACCUCCACGCCAUCGAGGUGCUUGCACAAAGAGCCGCCGCCUUGCAGCACCUUGCGCAGCACGUGGCGCCCGAAGGUUCAGGCAGGAUGGAGAACGGAAGUACCGGAAGGCUCAGGUACCCACAUGCGAUCCCACAGGUGAUCCCACACGCGAUCCCGGUGUUGCGACCAGGAUGGCUGAUGGUUGACAUUGUGUCCGCCAUCAGCCAUGCCUUCAUCUGCCUCCUCUUCUCCUUAUGGCCCUGUCUCGUGAGUCUCGGCUUGGCGCUGGCAGCAGAGCCGUACGGUCACUUUGCACCCUGGGAGAGGCUCUCCAGCCUGUACGUGUCCGAAAGGCUGCACGACCUGCCCUGGAAACUUCUCAUCAUGGAGCCGCCUUUCCACCAUCUUGGCGGAGCCUGUUCGGUUGCGUUCGUCCUCCUCUGCAUCAGCAGCUUGAGAUCCUGCUGCACUGCCUCCAUUCCGAGCACCUACAUGCACCUUGCAGCCGACAUGGUGGUUCGGAAAUCCCUCCACAGCAUGACGCCGGAUCGGAGUGGGGCCAGGCUUGAACAAUCAGAGGCGCCGGAGGCAUCGAAGCAUGUGAGCGAUGCUGAACAAAAUCCAGAUUCGAAUUUCCAAGCCUUCCUCCGCCAGCUGGCCGUCCGUGUGUUUGUCCGUGUGAACGUCGGUGUUCAUGAGUUUUUCCAUGCCUUGCCGUGGGUAUGUUGCAGCCUCCUGGCUGCCUGUGCUUCUGCGUAUGCAUCCGUGGUGCUGAUAUGGCUUGCAGUGGCCAUGCUGGUUGACAGUGCCCGCAUGGUGCCGCUCGUCACGUCACUCGUCAGCUUCGGGGCCUUAGUGAUCAGGCGAGGCACAGCCUGGUUCGGCUUUCAGCAGAAGGUGCGAGCUCAGCUCGAAGAGCUCGCGGACAAGCUCGUGCUGCGCUUGGUCGGGGCGGGCGUCGCGUCGCUCAUGCUGCCCCCGGCUGACGCACAGGCCAGCUUCGAGCGGCUCAAGUCCGGCAGCGGCAGUGAUGCUGACCUCUUUCAUGUACUCGCCCGGCAAAAGUCGGAGAGUCAGAAGGUCGUCAGCCUCCUUCGAGCCCGGCUGAUGUACAGGCUCUUGCUCUCCAAAACACGUGUCGAUGCAGUUUUGGAGAGGCUCGGGUUGGAUGCGGCGCUGCCCCUGGCAGAGUUCCUGAAGUUCCAGGCUGCAAUCCGAGCCGAGGUCAUCCGGUGCAUGCUGAACUACCUGGGCUUGGAUACCACCUCGGGCUGGCGGUUUCUGAGGAGGGUGUCCUUCCUGGCCUUCCUGCUCUUUACAACGCUUUUGGUGGUGAUGAUCCUUGGCGGCAAUUCAGUUGUGGGCGUCAUGUCAACAACGCGUGUACCAGCAAAUAUGAAUGAGCGGGUUAACGCUCACAAAGCAUCCUGCGUCGAACGCUCUCGCCUGGAUCUUCGAAUUCUUGACCUCUCGUUCCGUGGUCCCAACUGCACCGCCACAGUCCCGCAGCACGUCUGGGCACUUGAGUCUUUCCGUGUCGCAAAAGCAACACAGAACAGGGACCUCUGCACUUUCCUGCCUCGUCUUGGACGGGUCGGCAUUGGCCGCUCUGCGCUGUCGCUGCUUUUGGAUACUUUCGGACUGGUCGUCUCCGGCCUGAUGCCGGCAGCUUUGGGGUUCAUUCUGAACGGCACGCUGCCUUCGGCGAAGCUCAAGAACCAGGACCUCGUCGAGCAGGUGGAGGAGUGGCUCACCCAGUGGCAGGUGCAGGCGGUGGACUUCGUGAGCCAGUCGCAGAUGAGUGUUAAGAAGGCAGCCGUCGCCUUCAUGGACGAGUGGCUUGACCACAGCUUCUUCCAGAAGCUGAAGGCCUGGCUGCUGCAGCUCGACCUCUUCACGAUCGGGUGCAUGCUGGACGAGCUUGGGGACCAAGAAGGCUUCAUCAAGCUCACCCAGCAUCCAGCUCUGCUCCUCUCGAAGGUCUCCAAUUGGGAAGCGCAGGACCUGGUUCCGGCUUCCGUUAUGGACUCCUUGUGGUGUGCCUUGGUGGACCAGGGCCUGGAUCUCCUGAACACUACGCUGAAGGUGCCACUGCCCAGUAAAGUGGAAGAGGAGCUCAGGAAGUUCCGGCAUUCAGAUCGCCUGGCCACCGUCCUCAAAGAUGCCGCCAAGGCAAGCGGCAGCUUGCCCACCUCAAACGACCCGGACAUCCCGCUCCAGCUCAUGCAGCUGAUCUGCCGGCUGCUCCGGGGCUUGCUUCAAGAGCUCGCGACUGAGGUGUUGCAAGAGCUCUGGGACCAAUCGCUGGUUCCGAUCAGCUUCGUCGGUUCCAACUUCGGCGUGUCGCCGGAGCUGCUCUCCCGAUGCCGGAGCCUCGAUGUGGGCUCCGCGAAGAAGUGCCUCUCACAGGGCCUUGCACGCCUGGAGCAGGCGUUGUCCACGGAGUUCUCGGAGGGCUGGAGGUCCUCCCUGGCGUCGUGCUUCGACCACCUGGCGCUGGAGGUCUUCACCGAAGCCUUGCGGUCCAUGGUCCGGGAGGUCGAGGUGGAGCCCCACGCGUCGGCGGCUGUGGAGUGCCUCCUGGACUUCUUGGAGCAGGCGGACAGCUCCGACGUGGCGGACAGCUUCUCGGAGCUGCGGGACGUGCUCCAAGAUCCCAAGAAGUGGCUUCGCCUGGCCGUCGCCAGCGGAGACAUGGGCAUCCGCCUCAUAUUUGUGGGCCAAAAGCAGGUUCUGGAGCAGACCAUCGGCGAAGCACUCAGCGAAGAGCAGGUCGCGCUACUCUGCCGGAGCAGCGGGACCUUCUUCACGCAGGGCAUCGCCAAGGGUGGGCUGACUUGGUUGGGCCAGACGCUGAAGCAUCCCAUUCCCUUGGCUCUCCACUUGCUGGACUUGGACCUCAAAGAGCUCAUGGUCCUGGAGCCCCUCUGGGAUUACGCCCGGAGAGAAUGCCUCAAAGGCCUCAGGAGCUUGAGGCUACCGGCAGAGCUGACGCAGUACCUGGAGGACCUUCCCUUUCAGGAGCUGGUAAGGAGUGCGAAGGAGAUGAGGGACCUCCGCCCUGUGAAGACGGUGCCACAGCUGUCAAGUAUGUGCGGAGCAAUGGCAACCGUGAGCCUCCUCUUGGUGAAGGGUGCGCUGCUCACGCUGCUUCAAGACUGCCCGAAGCUGCAGCCGCUGCUACACUGUGUGACGCUCGAGAACAUCAAGAGGAUUGGGAAGCUGAGAAGAGGCACCGAUCUCACGGCGAUGGCCAAAGGCUUCAUGGAGGAGCUCGUCAACGGCAUGUUGGAGCAGCUUCCAGCCUGGCACAUGGGCACCAUCUGCUUUCAGCACGAGCAGGUGAAGUCCUUGGCAAAGGUCUUCCUGGGCCAUGGCACCGAGGCCGGCGAACGCUGGGACGCAGGUGACGGCCAGUCCGUGGAGCAGAAGACAGAGGACCAGCUCUGGGUCUUCGCGAAGAGCAAGGAGCAGGCAGAUGAACUCGUCCCGCUCUGGCAAGAACGCACGCAGCGGUCUGAGGGCCUCGAGGCACUUGUGGAGGCCGCCGAGGCUGCCGAGGCCUUCAUGCAGGCCUGGCAGCCGCGGCAGGUUCUGGACAUGCUCCUCUGCCUCCUCCGAGAGGAGGGAGGGCUCGAGCGUGUCCUUCCGACUUUGUGGGCUGCCGCCGUCUCAAGCAUCCUUCCCAACGGAGGGUUCUUCGUGGAGAAGUUGCGAAGCGUGGACAUCAAGACUGACUUCCCCCAGAAGGUCGUUUGCAUUCUCCGGGACUUCGAGCCAGAGAGGGUGGACCAGCUGGUGUUCCUGAUCUUGAAGAUCGGCCUCGCCCACUUCUGCGCCAGCGAACUUGAUGCGGUUUCAGGCAUGGACAGCGAGACUUCGACGUCCGUCAUCCUGAGCCUCACCGUGGAGGAGCUUCAAGAUCUCGCUUCCAAGCUGCAAGACCAGCUGAAACCUGUCAUGAGGCGGCUCCUCGCAUCGAGCAUGGAGCGUGUUCUCACACAGGCUCUUGCAGGGCAGCUGAGCGACGUCAUCCCUGAGAAAUUCGGGCAGAGACUGCAGGUGAAGCACGUAGUUACAAUUGCAAAGACGCUGCGAUCGCAGAAGCUGCUCGAGUGGACGGGCAGCCCGGGCGAUAUGCGGCAGAGCCUGACGAAGCUAUUCCAGGAGGAGCCCUGGUCCCUGCUGCUCAAAGUGCUCAACUGUCCUAUGACCAAAGAGCUGAUGGAGCUCUUCAAACCAGUUGUGAGAAAGGGGCUCGCGCAGCUGCUGGACGGCGAUGUUGGCAAGGGCGUGAUGGCACAGUUUCUACGGAGGAUGAUCACAAGGGAUGGGGAGGGCGAUGAAGAGACGCAGGACAAUGCUGACGCCAGUCUCGCGGAGAAGCUGGAGAAGGUCACUGUCGACCAGCUGCAGCAGGUUUUCCGGAAAGUCCUCCAUCACCAGCCGGUUAAGUCGGAACGAGAUCUGCUCGCAGUGAUCUUGAAGACGGUCCUCCUUGACGUGGAGGAGGAGCUCUGUAAGAAGAUGCAGCUGAACGAGCGGCUGCCGAACUUGGACCUUGAGUCGGCCAUCAUGCCUCUCACCAGCACCGAGGCUUUGGAGCUCCUCCGCCAACAAGACUGGGACGAGGUCGCGAAGCUUCUGCGGAGGGUUCUGGACAAAAGCGCGGAGCUGGGCGCGGAGCUGGCCCUCACAAGGGCCAUCGCCAAGUCGAUGGAAGAGUCCAGCCUGGUCCUCCCCAAGGAGGUUCGCCCAUUCUUGAAUGCCAAGUGCCUCGUUGCGAGCGCCAGGGUGCUGAGGUCCCAGCAGCCCCUGCUGACUACCCCGGAUGCCUUGAUGGAGAAGCUAAGGGAGCUGGUUCAAGAUCCUUGGGCCAUGGUGCUGCAGCUUCUCAAGAGUCUCACUGAGGAGCAGGCGUCCCUGUUGGAACCUCUCUGGGUGGCCGUGGUGAAGUGGCUCUCCUCCCUUCUGGAAAGCCAGCUCGGUGUCAAGGAAGCCUUGAUGAAGCUCUCGGAGAGGAGCUUCCUCCGCCGCGUGCCCGCGCUCCUGCGCCGCCUCAAGCAGGCCGCGCUCGCGGAGGCGUCCUUCCGCCUGGAGUCCUGGGAAGAGCUGCUUGUGUUGAUGCUGAAGGUUGGGCUCCUGAGCCUGGAGGAUGCCUUCGAAGCACGCCUAGGGCGCCAGGGGCGCUUUUGCGUUCAUUGCAUGCUGCAGCAAGCAACGGCAGCCGACUUGCGGAAGGCAUGUGCCGACGUCUUCCGGGAGCCAGAAGAGACCCUUGAGCUUUUCAAGAGGAAUCUGGACAUGGAUGGGGCCAUCCUGCUGGCCACUUCAAGCUUCCCAGUCUUGGGCAAGCUGGAAGACGCCGGCUACGACGUGCCGGGCAUUGCGAAACUCCUAGCCUCCUCCUCGAGCUCGUUCGAUCUCUCGGCUUUGCCCUCGAUGCUUUCUGGCUUGCUUGAAGGCGAUCUUUCAGCCGCGUGGGCGCUGCUGACGACACUGCUCAGGAAGGUGGAAGCGGAUGACCUGUCGCCGUUGGAAGCCAUUUGGGCCAAGGCGCGUGACAAGGCGCUGAACCCUCUGAUUGAGGACAAUCAGCUCAAGGCGGAAGUCGCCCAGGUGCUGCAGGAGACGACGCUGAAGGACCUGCGGCCGCAGCUGAAGGUCGCUGCACAGAGGUGUCAGAGCUAUGAGAGCGAUGAAGCUGUGAUCCUGACGGCCAUCGACUUGAGCUUGCGCUCUGGCGUGAACUCGAACCUCCAGCAUCUCCUUGAAGACAAGCCGGGGAUUCUGAGGCUCCAGCAGUUCCUCACGGACAAGCUCCAGGCCCUCGCGCACGAGCCAGUCCUGGCGAAGCCAUGGAGCCUGGCCCAAGAUGGGGGCAACUCGGCAGAGUGGCUCUGCGCAGUUCUCGACGAGACGAAUGAGACCAACAGCCUGCCUUUCCAGCCCUUGGGGAAGGCAGUGGUUGCAGAGGUGGAGAAGAUUCUUGCGUAUUCUGAAGAUUCAACCUUCGUCGUGGAGUACUUAGGGCAAUGUUCGCUGGAAAGUUUUCAGCCCAUCUUCAAGCAAAUGAAGAAGCUUUACGAAGACAUCAGCGAAGACACCUUCUUCCCACGGCUGCUCACAAUGUGCACCAUCUUGUGCCUGGACAAGGAGGGAGUUCUGGACUCAGAGCACGGGAUGCGUUGCCUCGGCAUCCGCCUGGCGUUGCAGCCGCUGUUGAUUGCAAUCCAACCAAAGACCCAGCCAGACAUGCUAGGUAAGUUGCGAAAAGGACUUAAGCCCCCGGGCAGCCUGGCAAGCACUCUGCGGGACAUUCGGAAGCUGGUCAGAGAGUCGGCCACGCGCAAGAACGCCGGCGCCAUCAGAAGCAUGGACGCCGACCACCUGGAUGUCCUUCUCAACACACUCGAAUCGAAAGACCUCAAGGACCUGCUCACAAAAGAAGGUGCUCUUGCGAAGCGCGUUGGGCUGAAAACGUUUGUUCGGAUGCUGGUUCGACUCUCCGGUCGCGUGCAGGGCCUGGAGCCCCUUUGGCACGCAGUCAAGCACACGCUGGACAAGGAGAUGGCCAGCACCUACUGGACAUCGCUGCGGCAGUUCCAGCUGGCCGACUUGGGGCCCCAUCUGCAGUCCAUGAUCCACGCACACGCUUCACCCGAGCAGCUGGCUGAUCAUGACGAUGGCUUCCCGCUGCUUUGCGGCAGCCUCUUGGUGAUGUGCAGUGAGCAGAUCCAGCGUGCUGGGCGCCAGCAGGGCUUCAUCUUCGAUGCCAAGAUCCUUGAGUCCUUAAUGACCUGCUCCAGCUUACAACGGAUUCAGACCUUCAUGCAGAUUGAGCCCAAGUGGCUCUUCCAGAAGCUCAAAGAGGUCAUGUUCACAGGCAAGGAGCAGCAGAGGACCAACCUCCAGCUGAAGAAGUUCCAGCUGGCCAAGGGGGAUCUUCCGGCCCUGCUCUUGCUGCAGGGUGAGGACAUCCUGAAUGGGCUGCUUGCGCUCUUCGGAGUGGAGAUCGACGAGGGCGAAGACCAGGACGAAGAUGUGCAGGACUCUGCAUGGAAGGAGAAGCAGGAGGAGAAGAGGAAGCAGAAGGCAGAAUUGCAGGUCUCCUUACGGCAGAGGGUGGAGAAGUGGUUGCAGAAGCCCCAGGCGAAGGUGGUACUUUUGCUGUCCAUGCGCAAGCAGAUGCUUGCAUGGAACGUUGCUUGGGAGGACAUGCAGGCAGUCAUUGAGGGGCUGGAGGCCUCCGACGACCAGCUCCAGGAGAUGGUGGCAACCACUGACGACUCCUGGGUGAAGUUCCUCGCCUACGAGAAGGGAAGCACCGCCUCCUGCAGCAGCAAGCUGCUGGCCUUGGCGAAGCGCCGGGCGGAGCUCGCGGAGGACUUGGCACUCCUGGAACCCGGCCUCAGCUGGGCUCGCUUCCGGGACCGGAUGUCGCAGUCCCGCCUUUCCCCUGCGUCUCUCCGCAAAGCCGAUGCCGCGUGCCUGCUUCAGCACUUCCGCAAGGUGCGGCCUCCGGCAACGCCCCUGCCUCCAGGGCCUUCGCCAAAGGCUCCGCCAAAGGCGCCGCCCUUGGCGCCAGCUUCUGCCGCGCCAGAGCUGUUGGUGCCUCCGCACCUGGCUACCACAAGCGCGGUCGAAGAAGGCUCUGAGCAUGAAUCAGCGGGCCCCAGUCUGGAGCUGAGACCCCGAUGCCCCAGCUACAGCCAGAAAUACCAGCGCCCUUGGCGAACCAUCCCAGCACAAAGCCAAGCGUUGAUCCCUGCAGCCAUCCUGACUGCCGAGAAUCGCUGGUGGUAUCACCCGAACGGAUCGCAAAAAGCCAUGAACGGCUACUUCAAGUCAGAGUGUGGCAAGACCCGCGCUGAUCCUGGAAGCACACGCUGGGUCCACAACAAGUUCCUGCGGACGCAGACCAAGCUGCGCUGGGUGUGCGGCUUGUGCAAUGUGUGGUGCAAGGACGAGAAUGGCUACAAGUGCCAUCUGGAGCACGAGAAUCACAUCCGGAAGUCGGCGAACUCGCGCCAGAGCAAAGCUCGCGAGUUCAAGAUGUCGCCGAGGGACGAGGCCUUUGCCACAAGUUUCGUGCAGUUCCUUGCGUUGAACUACAUGAACCAGAAGGUGCUUCUCCACGAGGUCUAUCGGGAGAUGUAUCCCCAUGACCGGAACCAGCGGCUGAUGCACGAUACUUGCUGGGGCAGCCUUGGGACUUUCAUCAACGCCCUCAGCAAGGCCGGAGAGUGCGAGGCCGUGAAGGGCCCCAAAGGCUGGGUCGUGCGCAUCGACCAGGACAUGGUCGUGGCCGCGGAGGCCGAGAAGGAUGCGAAGAUCUCGUCCUUCCUCCUGGCGCAGGACGAUGUCGAAGCUCCACCUGUGCCGGAGUCUCGAACUGAGAGGAUGCAGGCAAGCUGGGCUGCCAACCUGAAGCAGGCCUCCUCCACAAAGCGCCCCUGGGAAGACGACGGCGGUGCGCGUCGGGCCGCGGCCGCGGCCCGCGAAGCGAAGCGGCUCGCAGCCUCUGCCGGGACCGGCCCGGAACCCGACAGCGAGGAGGUCGAGACCCUGAGCGCCAACCGCAGCAAGGUGGCCUUCCAGUUCGGAGCUGGCAAGAAGGCCGCGGGGGAGGCGGCGGCGCUGCCGGUGCCGGCGCCGCCGGCGGAGUCGCGCGGAGAGGUGGACCCGGCGGGCGACGCCGAAGAUGUUGGAGAGAUCAAGGUCAUCGGAGACGUCCUUGAGGUGACCCAGGGAGACGUUUCUCCGCCAGCCUCGCCAGCCUGGCCGCCCGGGCUCGUGGUGAAGGUUCUCUGUCCCGCUGCGCUCGGGGGUAAGGCCUGCGGUGUGAAAGCUGUGACGCAGGAGACGGACGUCCGCAGUGGCGUUGCGGUGAAGUUGCUCAAGCCGAUUGCAGGCCAGGAGGAGGUGACGACCGUGAAGCCCGACCUCCUCGAGACCGUGCUGCCGAAAUUUGGCAGCAGGGUGCUGGUUCUCAGGCCCGGUGGCAAUCAGGAGGGCACGUUGCAGUCCGUGGAGACAGAGACGUUUACCUGCACAGUUGUCCUAAAUGAUGGACGAUCGCUCGCCGGGUUGCCCUACGAUCGCGUCUGCAAGAUCUGGACAGGCAACUAG